GAGAAUCCGUAAUUGGCCGAUUUAGUCCGAAUGUCCAUUACUGCAUGGUACGAUGGAGUCCACAGAAAUAUCUGUCAGAAAGAAGAGAAAGACAACUCCAGGAAUUAUUUAUCUCAGUAGAAUACCUACUUUAAUGAAUGUUAAGAAGGUUCGACAAGUGUUUGGAGAGUUUGGUGAAGUUGAUAAAUUAUUUUUACAACCCGAUGAUAAAACUUCCAGUGGCAAACGAGGUCGGACAUUUUCAGAAGGAUGGGUGGAAUUCAAGGACAAAAGGAUUGCAAAAAGGGUUGCUUUGAUGCUGAACAAUAACCAAAUAGGGGGCAAGAAACGGAAUCGGUGGUAUGAUGAAAUAUGGAACAUAAAGUAUCUGCCCCAGUUCCGAUGGGCUCAUCUAAACGAAAGGCUUGCCUAUGAGAGAGCGGUGCACGAACAGAGGAUGAGAACUGAGAUAGCACAGGCUAAACGUGAGGCCAGCUUCCACAUUGAGAAUGUCGGAAAGGGUACAAAGCUGAGUGAAAUAGAAAAACGAAAGCGGAAGAAAGGUGAAAGUAUUGAAGUGAGGACAAUUCGUGUUAAGUUGCUGGAGACAGAGGAUGAAAUUCUUGCCAAGAAACGAAAGAAAACGACAGUGGAUGAAACAUCAAGAAAGCCUGCAGCACAGAGUGCGGGUUCAAAUCAAUCGUUCUUGUCAAAACUUUUUACUGCAGGACAUUAAUAAAUCUUUCAACACUAA